AUCGGUACAUUCACACUUGGACAAGUUUCACCAAAUUUAGAAAGUAUUAGUAGUGCACGAGGAGCAGCUUUUGAGAUAUACAAGAUUAUAAACAAGCCUCGCCACAUUGAUAGUGACUCCCCUGAGGGCCACAAGCCAGACAAAUUAACUGGACAUAUUGACUUUAAAAAUAUUCACUUUGCUUACCCUAGUCGCCCAGAUGUGCAGAUCCUUACUGGUCUGAACCUUAAGAUACCAGCUGGAAAGACCAUGGCUCUAGUUGGCAUGAGUGGCUGUGGGAAAAGCACAACUAUUCAGUUAUUACAGAGAUUCUAUGAUCCACUAGAGGGGGAGGUCAUGGUGGAUGAACAAGAUAUUCGUUCACUUAAUGUUAAGUGGCUGAGAAACAACAUUGGGGUGGUCAGUCAAGAACCAGUCUUGUUUGGAACAACCAUUGGUGAAAAUAUUCGGUUUGGCAGAGAUGGAGUAACUGAGCAAGAAAUCGAACAAGCUGCCAGAGAAGCCAAUGCUUAUGACUUUUAUUUCCAAAUUGCCUGAUCAAUUUAAUACACUGGUGGGGGAGAGAGGAGCCCAGCUGAGCGGAGGACAGAAGCAGAGAAUUGCCAUAGCACGUGCCCUAGUACGAAAUCCAAAAAUUCUGCUACUUGAUGAAGCAACAUCAGCUCUGGACACACAGAGUGAGGCUGUUGUACAAGCUGCAUUAGAUAAGGCUAGAGCAGGUCGCACAACAAUAGUCAUAGCUCAUCGACUAUCUACUGUUCGAACUGCCGACAUCAUUGCCGGAUUCCAUGGUGGCCUUGUGGUGGAGCAGGGGUCACAUGAUGACCUAAUGUGUAAAAAGGGAGUCUAUUAUUCACUUGUGAUGCUUCAGAACCAGGAUAAGGGAGAAGCAAAGGAUGGCUGUGAUAUAAGCUCUUUGGAUAAGAAAAGUUCAAAUGAAGACUGUAAGGAAGAUGAAAAAAAAGUGGCCGAAACAACAGAAACAUUACAAGAUGUUGAAAAAGUGCUGACACCUAUCAAAUGUGAAAGUUUUAAAAAAAGGAUCGGGAAGAAAAAAAAGUCAAACCCCAUCAAAAAAUGA